UGACAGUUGAGGACGCAAUAACGAGAGAGAGAGAAAAAUGGUUAGAUUCAGAUGGAUAAAAACGUCUUUAUUUGUGAUACUGGUGCUUCAGUUUACAGCAGCAACUGGACAGAACCUCUCCUUCACUGUCAGAGUUGGAGAUGAAGUCACUUUGCCUUGUGGAAAUGUGAUACAAAAUCAGGAAAAAUGUGACGGGUCUUCCUGGUUGGCCAGUCGUGAUAUUGGGGCAGCAGUAACAGAGCUGAUUACACAUGGGAAGAUCAGUAAAAAUGGGAAUUUCGAAGCUAAAUCAGACAGACUGAAUGUUACAGCAGAAUGUUUUCUGGUUAUAAAAAAUGUUACAGUCGAGGAUAAUGGUCGUUACACCUGCAGACAGUUCAAGAAAUCAGGACAACAACAUGGUCCAGACUCUCCGGUUGUUCUGUCUGUUAUCAACAUGGAACAAUAUCAGCACAAUGAUACAGUCGGCUUCAUCUGCUCUGUGUUGACAUAUGGAAGUUGUGAACACACAGUCGAGUGGUUGUAUGAGGGUAAUAAGAACAACAUGGUGACAUCACAGGGUUCCUGUUCAGCCACAGUGGUUUUUACAGCUCCUCCUCUUAGUCAGAAGUCCAACUAUUCUGAGUUACUGAAGUGUAACGUGACAGAUAAUAUGAGUGGCCAGAUGCUGCUGUGUAGCGUUGACCUCCAGUCCUCGUGUCAGAAAACAGGAAGCACAUUGAGGGGGAAAAACAAAACACCAUCUGGAAAGGGUGAAACUACAACAAAACCAGAUAUGUGGCAAUUCAUCGUUGUGGCUGUGGGUUUAGCAGCGCUCUUAAUAAUCAUUGUGGUUGUCAUCAGAUGGAAAAAGGCUAAAGGGAACAAAACAAAGAUGGAUGAAAACAUUCGACUGAGCUUAAACCCUGCAGUGACUCAACCUGGUCCAGAGACCAUGCAGGACAUGGCUGAUCCUGAAGAUGGUGUUUCCUACGCCUCCAUCAGCUACACCAGGAAGACCAACAGUAAAGUCCAGGUUUCUGUUAAGGAUGAUCAUGAUGAAGAUGAUGCAGUGACCUACAGCAGCGUGAAAGCUUCCUCUCCUUCUGCUGGAGGCUCAGCUGAUCCCAGCGACCUCUACGCCACCGUCAACAAACCAAACAAAAAAGAGGACGUGGUAUAGUUACAUCUCAUAUCAGUUCAGUUACUGAUAACUAAAAAUAAAACCAAGUCAGUUUUUAUUCAGCGAGUGCUUCAUUCUGUGUUAAUGAUAUUUAUUGAUACCUUUAGAAAAAUUGUAAAUGCAGUCAGUCCUGGAGAACAUUUAAUAUUUAUUUACUAUAAAUGUUUAUAAUUAUUCCAAAUGCCCCCACCAGAGUAAUGACAUUGUUAUUGAUACAUGAAGAACUAAGACGAUAAUUUGAAGCUCAGCUGCAUCUGGUUGUUGUUUCAGCAUUACAUAUUGUACUUUUUCAGUUCUUUCAUGAACAUGUGACCACAUUUUUUGUGGUUUUUGUGUGAUUGUUUUCAAGAUUGAUUGGUGUAACAAAUCUUUCUGUAGUAGGUUAACUAGUAGUAUAAUGGAUAAAGUAGAAGUAACAACCGAAUAUUUCAUAUGGCUGGUUUCUGUCAGGCACAUGCAUCUAUGGGAAACUUUAAGGAACCCGUUACUUUAUCAUCCUUUAGACACAGACUUUUCUGUUCAGGGGAUCAGUAUAUGAAAUCCUUACCCACAGAGCUUAAAUGGAUCAUGACUGGCACAUUUAAAGAGGGAUCUGUCAUGAAUGGUCUGUUUCUUGUUAUUGAGUUUUUAUUGUAAUGUUUGUGUUUUGUCCUGUUUUGUUCUUAUUUUCUUGCUAAGUUUCUUCCCCAUAAAAUACACAUUAAAUGAAUAAACCUAUGUGAUAGUGUUCAUA